AUGUGUUCACAGUCUGGGGAGGUUAAUAAUGAAUGUUCGCAACUGAAAAAGUCAAACAGUGAAAAUGGAGUAUCCACCUCUGAGAAACACUGUGAUAUUAGGGAAGAGAAUCUCAAACACAAUGGAACAUCCUCAUCACUAGGUGCAUUGGAGCAAUCUGGGAUAAAAAGAGUGAAUUCUAAAGAAUUAAAAGCUGGUCUUUUGAUAUCUCCACUUUCACUCACUCAAGAUUUACCCAUAAGUGUUGGAGAAGAUGAUAACCGCCUCUCCUCUGUGCUUGAGAAUAUUCCCACCCCCCUUGUUUACUUGCCCAACACCCGCCAAUUGGUCACCGAAACAUCCAAAGAAAGCAGUGACUCCAAGAGUGUGUCAAGUUGUGAUGUAAAUAACUUAGUUUCAGAGUCGAGUCAAAAUGAGGGAAGUGAUGAAGAUACUGUCAGUAUAUGUGACAAAUGGAAACUGGUGAAUUUACACGACACAUCCAGUAUUGGAGAAACGGACUCCCUGCUCAGACUCAAAGAUCCAGACCAGCUCACCUGCAAUAGUUUUGACUUGGAUGGAUCUUUGCACCGAGUCCAGACCGGAGACUCCUUGUUGAGGACUUUCAAUGAUGCUUCCAGUCUGUCGAGUAUGAGCACCUGCACAGAUUUUUCUGUGUCUGCAAUUUCCAUGGGAGAUGAUGCUAGUGAUGGGACAGGAAUGUGUUUAGACACUGGUGAUGGAAAUUUUAUUGAAGUGAAUCUCCACACGAGAAACUCAUUUGAGCGAAGCAAAAACAACUCGGCAGAUAGUGGAAUUGAGGAUCAGGGAGCCAAGCCGAAGAGAAGGGGCAUCUCAGGUUUUUUGUCAAGGGGCUUGUUUUCCCGCAAAUCUAAGGAAGAGGAGGAGGACCAGGGAUGGAAGCUCUUUGGACGUGUCCCUCCCAAACAGGGUGUGGCCAAACCCCCUCAACAGAUCUCACAUGAAUACCAACAACGAAACGCCCUCCAGAACAACAACCGACCCAAAAAAUCCGAUAUAGAAGUCAUGUCCACCACAGCGCUCAUCCUUGAAAAUCGACCACAAAAUUUGCCUACAAAAGAUCCAGAGGAAGCAGAGAGACACAGACUACAGUACGAGGCUAUGAUAGAGGCUGCCAAAAAGAAAGAACAAAGAGAUCUAAAGAUGAAGAAGAAACACAUGCAACAGCAGCUAAAACAAGAAGACCAGAUGUUGCAGCUGUCCAAGCGCUGGGCUAACGACAUCCUACCCAACUGGGAACUCACGAAAAGGACGAAGAAGACGCGGGACAUGUGGUGGCAGGGACUCCCCACCAAUGUCAGGGGCAAAGUCUGGAAGUUGGCCAUCGGCAACGAUCUCAAUCUGACUCCAGAGCUGUACGAGAUUUGUGCUUGUCGGGCCGAGGACAGAAUCAAGCAGACGUGUGACUCAGACACAGCAUCCGUCUCGGACUGUUCCCCAGAGGUGUCUACCAGCAAUCGUGAGGCCAGUGUAGAACUCAUCAAGUUAGACAUUUCCCGGACAUUUCCACAGUUGUGUAUUUUUCAAAAGGGAGGACCUUAUCAUGACCUCCUCCACAGUUUACUGGGUGCUUAUGCCUGCUACAGACCAGAUGUUGGUUAUGUGCAGGGUAUGUCUUUCAUUGCUGCUGUUUUGUUGUUAAACAUGGACGUGGCUGACGCCUUCAUCUGCUUCGCAAACUUGCUGAACAGACCCUGUCAGGUGGCAUUCUUCAGAAUAGAUGAAGCCAUGAUGAAAUUUUACUUUCAAACCUAUGAAGAAUUUUUCAAAGAGAACAUGCCAACCUUGUUCCGUCACUUCAGCAAGACUAAUGUCACUCCAGACAUAUACCUGAUAGAUUGGAUCUUUUCCUUGUACAGUAAAUCUCUACCAUUGGAUAUUGCGUGUCGGGUCUGGGACAUCUUCUGUAGAGAUGGCGAGGAGUUCCUGUUCCGAACAGCUUUAGGAAUAUUGAAGCUUUACGAGGACAUUCUGAUCCAUCAAGAGUUCAUUCUCCUGGCACAGUUCCUAACCAAACUGCCGGAGGACAUAUCCAGUGACAGUCUAUUCAAAUCCAUAGAACUGAUCAAUAUGAACAUUGAUAAGAAGAAAUUCAGUCAAAUACUGGCCAGUAAAAAAGAGCAGGGAAAGAUGGAGAUGACUUAG